GAUGAAGGAUCCGAGGCGCCCGAGGGGGAGCGGUGGGCAGGCCCUGGGGAGGCCACCGCCUGCUCGUCCUCCCCGAUGGCGCCGCCCUGCUCAGACGCGACCCUGGCCUACCUGGAGGCGCACCCUGCUGCGGUGCUCAAUGGGUGCAACGAGGCCGAGGACGGGAGCUGCCACGUGAAGGUUCCGGCGGUGGAGGUGGAGGGCCUCGGCGGUUUCGUGGCGUCGGACUGCGUGGGCCCCUCCAAGUGCGACGUGUCCGUCUCUGGCUCGGACUCCCAGCAGUACCAGAAUACCACCGCCGAGGCGACCGCGGAGGACUUCAGCGAGAAGAUCAGCGAGGCGAUCCGUGAGGCGGGCCUCGUGCGGCGGCUGCCUGUAGUACCGCCGUGGCUGCUCGAGGUGCUCAUGCAGGGCAUGCGGAGUGCCCAUUCCUCGUGGCGCGGUUGUGGCAGCCUGUCCGCGCUGCCGUGCAUCGUGGCACAGUUCGUGUCUCAGGCGUUUGUUCGACGAGGAUUGGGACGACUCUGGCAGCUCUUCAUGAUGCCGUGCGUGCUCCUGUCCGUUGAGGUCUUCUUCGGGUUCAUGCUU